AUGGCCGCCGCCCACACGCACCCGGCCCCCGCGCCCUCAGACCGUCGCUCAGAGGGCCGCGCUGGUUCCCGCCGUAUCUUCCCACCACAAUUUAAACUGCAAGUUCUCGAAGCAUACAGGCGCGACGCGCAAUGUCGCGGAAAUCAACGUGCUACAGCCAGAAAGUUUGGUAUCCAUCGGCGUCAAAUCCAGAAGUGGCUUCAAGCUGAACCUGCUUUACGAGCAGCACUCCUAAGGCGGGCGCCUCAGCCGGCCCCGUCACCUCCUCCAUACUCUGCGGGAUCACCAGAGAGCGCCCGUUUACCUACACCUCCGCCAGCAAUGGUACCCACGCCUGUUCAAGUGCCUACGCCGUUACCAGUGCCGGUUCCUGUGACGAUGCCAGUCACCGAGCCGAUCGACCUGUCUGUUCGUCGUCCUACACCGCCACCUGUACCGCAGCCUGCAUAUGCGCCUGCAACCAUUCCAGAUCCACCACGCAAACCUUUUAAAUUAUUCCGGCCAUACCUCCUCGAGGACGAGGAGGAGAAAAGACCAGCAGUAGCUUCGCUACCUGUGACGAAUGGUGUACAUGUGUCAGCAUUCGUGCCGGUCCAGAGUGCGGCAGGGUGCGCGCUUACUGCAUGCUCAGUAUCGCGCUGGUGCUCUACCAUGCCUUCGUUUCCGGCCCCGCUCAGAUGA